AUGCAGCAGCUCCCUCCGUUCAGGCCGUCUCUGCGUCGGGCAAUGUGCGUGGUGCUGUUCGCCAUCGAGCAGACGCGUCGCGUGCUCAUUGCAGCCAUUAGUCCCCGAGCCGCCGAGACAACGAUGGAAAUACGCGAGCAGGACUUUUCCUUCAGUGACGACGCCCGUGAGCGACCGGUGAUUGAGGUCGUGACAAAAGAUGUAAGGACGGCAGACAUUUUCUACAUUCUGGAAGUGAUUGGAGGGGAAGACGAGAUUGUUCUGGACGAACCUGCAUCGUGGUGGAAGGAUGCAGUCAUCGAUGAGUUUUCGAGACAGGAUCUUCUGCUGCUGGCGUUGAUUGCGAUCUGUGCACUUCGCGUGCUACUUUUUGCAAUGAAGGUGACGUGGAAUCUGAUACGAUGGCCGGUGCAGUGGUAUAGCAAGCUACGAAUCGAGGCGGAUGAAGAUCACGAGCGUGCAGAUACAAGCAGCGAAAGUGUGAGGAAGCAGUUGGCUAUCAUCCGCUUUUGCCAUCUACAGUUUGCGCUAGCGACUGAGAAACUGAAGCGUGAAAUACGAGAAGACAAGAGCGAAGACACACACGACGUGGUGGCGUUGCUGGCUAUACGUCAAGACAACGAAGCGACAGAGGUAACGCUUGCUGAGAUAUUAGCGACGUUGCGAAGCAUCCAGAAGAUGGACAUCGAUUUUAGGUUAAGUGAGGUGGAAGAGCACCUUGCAAGUAUCCGACAACACGUGGAAGAUGAGGAAGCUAUCGACUGUCGACUUUCAGAAGCGUGGACGCGAUUGCAAGAAACCUACGCUUUGUUUCUACAGCUGCAAACGACAGCGGCCCGUGGACGGACGCAUAGAAAGACGGGGCAAUGGCAACAACACCGACGGCACCAUGAACAAUGUCCACAAGAAGUAUCUGCACGUCGCCCACGUCGAUUGUCUAGUCGCGAAGACAUGGCUGACGAGGUGCUGCAUGAACUCCAAGAGCUUACAAAGGAACUACCGCAAGGCUUCACAGCCGACAUGUUCACGUCACUAGGCAAGGUCAUGCACGAGCAAGUGGCUCGAUCGAAGCGAGAUUGA